GAACUAAAAAGUGUUGCACUUUCAUGAGUCAAUUGACUACGUGAUUUGCAAGUCAAAAAAACCCGACCCGAACUAAAACACCACCCAAACUAAAACCCAGAAGAACCAGAAGAAGCAAAACACAAACAAAGUCCUCUUAAUUCGACCAAACCUCAAAGAAGCGAAAAACCCUCUCGCCCAUCACACAAACCAUGGGAACUCCAGAAACCUCUCGAGAACCGUGCCCCGACCGCCCCCCCUCCGGCACUCGGCUCAUCGGCGGCUCGCAAGCCGUGCGCAUGAACGCGCCGCGAGUCGGGGGUAGCUUCGCCGUCUGGGGUGGCCUCUUCUCCGCCUUCGACUGCACCAUGGUCUAUGUCCGCCAGAAGGAGGACCCCUGGAAUUCUAUCAUCGCCGGCGCUGCCACCGGUGGCUUCCUCCAGAUGCGACAGGGCCUCGGCGCCUCUGCUCGAUCGGCUGCCUUUGGUGGGGUCCUCCUGGCUCUGAUCGAAGGAGCUGGGAUCAUGCUUAAUAAGUUCAUGAGCCAGCAGCAGCAGAUGCCUAUUGUGAUUGAAGAGCCGGCGAGCGUGGCCGGUUUGCCUGGGCUUCCUCCUAUGGGCCGUGCUCCAGGUCAGCCGGGCUCGGAGCCGGCAACGUCGGUGAGCAGCAACGGGGCUGAGGCUAGUUCGGGAGGGUGGCUUGGAGGGUGGUUCGGGAAGAGCAAGGAGCCUGAGGCUAAGAGUAGCGGAAGCGAGACAAAGAUUUUGGAGAGCUUUGAUGCCCCGCCCGUGCCCAGCUUCGAGUACAAGUGAUUGAUUGAUUGAUUUGGUGAGGAUCAAGGAAGGAUUUUGAUUAGAAGAAGGCUAAUUAGAUUGUAUUUAGGAAGGGGGUUGGUAUUGAACUGAGGGAUUUGGGAAAGUUUAGGUUUUUACUGCUAAAAUUUGCAUUGCACCUAUAUAUUAAUGUUGUGCUCUUUCAAUAUAUGCUUUUUCUAAAUAACCAAGAAGUUGUAGCUGUAUUAUAAUGCUUUUGAAAUUGAUUGUUUGUUUGUUAUUUUGGGAAUUGUUUUAUGAAUUGUGGAUUUAGUUUA